UACCGAAUCAAAAUAUGGCUUUAUUGCGCCCAAGACUUUUUGGAAAAUUGCAUUUUCAGCUCAUUAUACAUAUUGCUGUUAUAUCUGAAACUACUGCAGCCUGUGGAUGGUUCAGUAAAUGUAACUGGUUAUCAUGGGGAUCUUGGUCAAGCUGCAGCAGAUCUUGUGGUGGUGGUAGCAGACAGCGAAGUCGUACUUUGUGCUGUUUUAUUGGUCAAAGUUUUAGUUCCUGCAUCCGCGACUGUGGAUAUUCGUCAAGCGAUGCUCAUCAAAGUGAAGACUGUAAUGAAAUUUGUUAUAAUGGUGGUCAGCACAAUGGCUAUAGCUGUAAUUGCCCGGACACAUAUUACGGAUCAUGUUGUUAUAAUGCUUGUCCAUCAAUCGCUAAUUGUAAGCGAAGGUACUGCACCUCUUCCUGGAAUACAAUAUGUCGGGAAUGCUACAAUGACAACACUUUCUACAUGAAAACAAAUUCUGACACACAAUGUGAACGUAUGUGUGCAUGGAACAAUCACUACUGCUGGCCAGGGUAUUGCCCGGACGAAUUAACGAAGGGAUGCAGCUGCGCUCCUGGUUUUAGGAAAAUACAAUCAUCAAACGAGACGUCGUGCCAGCCUAUAAAACCCCCAUCUAUUCUCACAUGCAACACUGUAGCUGUAGGUCCAAACGGCGAAAGGAAACAAGCGAUGAGCAGUGGAAAUUCGACGGCAUGUCAAUAUCUGACCAAUAUGUAUGGCAACUUUCAAGUAUCAUCAUUCCAGUUUCAUAUGUCCGCAGAGUUUACUGUCGACAUCGCAGGUUACACAAGACCAAGAUUUAUUAAAGAAUCCAACUUUGGCAUUACAGAUACUACAAUUAAUAUGAUUAAAACAUCCGUCAGUGGUAGCCGUUCAACAGUAAGUGUCCAUAAGCAGCUGGUCGAUUCAAGUUUGAGUGUAAGGGCUAUUCAGAAACAAGAUGACACAGGAAAUAUCUCGGUGGCAUCCUCUCUCUACAACCUUUCAGACGGACAGGCAUUAUGCCUUGAAUUCGAUGCGUUAGCAGGCGGCUACUUAAAAAGUAGUAAUCUAAUAACACAAAGCGUAUCGGAGGCUGUACCGUAUCAAAAGGUUCUUGGUACAAAGGAAAUCUGUUAUAGGUAUGAUAAUACAGCACCUAAACACUGCAAAGAAUACACAAACUGCACCCAAGAUCCUCUUCAAUUUCAAAGUCGUAUAACACGGUCUGCUGUUACAAGUAUUGACUUCGAUGGCUGGAUGGAUCCAUUACCGUCUGGUGGCUCAUCCAUCCAUGCUUCCUCAAUUGAAAGUUAUCAGGUUACUGUAAACGAAGUUCUGCCUUCUCCAGGAAAGCUGAAAGUUAACUAUUUGUCAAAUGUAUACACGAACAAAGUUGGAUUUGAUAAUACUAACAUGAUACUAAAUCUUACUUCUGACAAACCACGACUAUACUGUAUUACACUAGAAGUAAAAGAUAAAGCAGAUAACGUUAGACAAGCCAGAAAAUUUCUCCUUUAUGACAAUACUUCAUUUAUUGAGCCACAGGAAGAUAAACCAUUUGAAAUAAUAUCAGCUUCAAAGCAAACCAGUUUUAAAUGGCAAACUCAUCAUCAUGAAAUCUGUCUUUCCUGGAAAGACCAUUUUAUGAAUCGCUUCUACUUUGAAAAUGCUUUAUUGAAUCCGAUUGAACCGGCACCCCACGGCCUGAUCACUGGCAUCUACGAACAAAACAGUGGCGUGUUACCAGUCUCAGGGACUUCAAAUGUGAAUGGAAUUGUAAAGUUUAUGAUUUCUUGGAGCAUAAAUGAAGGCCAUUCUACUUCCGAGAUAGCUGUGCCAGAGUUUCAAAACCAAUCAUUUUGCAAAGAUUUUAACGUCAAAGAUGGCCAAACCUAUUCAAUAAUAGUUCGUUCGAUUGAUAUUGCCGGCAACACUUAUAAGGAAAACAGAACGGUGUAUAUUGACAGAUCCAUACCACAUAUAAAUAAUAUAUGGCUAAAUAAGGACGGAUAUAAUACCCUCUUUGUACAUCAUAAAACGGAUUUAUCAUCUAUGCAGCUAUACUUUGAGGCUCUUGACCAGCACAGUGGGAUAAAAAUGGUUGAAUGGGCGUUUGGAAUUACAGACUCGGGAACUGAGCUAACGACGGGAUCAUUAGGUGUAGGAGUCAUAAAUAAAAAAUCCUGUCCAUCAGAUGUCGUAGAAUGUUACUGUCCGGAUGUUGGAUUCUGUGAAUACUUCAAUUACACAGUGCCACUGAAUAAGCUUAUUUCAAUCAAUAAACACGAGGGCGACCAUAACCGCAAUUACUAUUUCAGAAUCAAAGUAACCAACCAUGCAUACUUGUACAAUAUUGAACAUGUAGAUAUUCUUGUAGAUGAUUCUCCUCCAGAGGUUGGGGUUGUUUUUGAAGGUCCAGAAUAUAGUAAUGACAUUGAUUAUACAAGCGAUGACACUUUUCAAGUUCAUUGGCAUGGAUUUAUAGAUCACGAAAGUGGAAUAAAGACAUACAGAAUAGCUCUAGCUGCACGAUGCCUUAGCCAAACGGAACUUUACAAUAUUAAAAGCAUUCCCGAUACUGAAUUUCAUGCAGACGUCCAAUAUACUGAAUCAUUGAUACGCAUUCCUGCUAAUUUUACUGGAAAGCGUUACAUAUCUAUGAUAGCACUCAACAAUGCUAUGAGCCCCUCCGAAGCGAUAUGUUCUGACGGAAUUACAAGAGAUCUUUCACCACCAGAAAUCAGAAACCUUACUUUAGAACAUGGGUCUUGGUCAGAAUCUAUUGUUUGUCAUGAAGGACAUGCUUGGCUAUUACAUUCUUCAGUAUCAAAGACCAUUCUUCAUAAUGUAUCGAAUUGUAUUGAUGUUUGCAAUAAAUCUCCACAGCACCAUUCACUUGCAUCUACACUUCCGACAAAUAGUUUACAAAUUAAAGAUUCAGAAAUAUCUAAUUUCAUGUGCCACAGAAUGCGGAAGUAUCAAAACGACACCAUUAUCUACUUGCCGACGGAUUACAUAAAUCUCGUAUGGGACGUGGAAGAGAAUGGUAGUCAAAUUGAUGAUAUCUAUGUAGGAAUAGGUGCUGACCCAUCUGAAGAAAACUCUCCAAGUAUUUAUAAUUAUAAAUCCACAGCGAAAAGAACCUCUUUCAAGCGCCGACAUGAAGGAAUUGGCUCAGAUGAAUUGUUUUUCAUAUUUGUUAAGGUUGUCAACAAAGCAAGCAUAGAAAGCGUUACAGUUCUUGGUCCUGUAUUGAUAGACGAGACUCCACCUAUUUGUAAGAGUGUUCCAAAAGUUUUUGUCGUUGAAGGAUAUAUACUUGUUGGUUGGCAAAACGACACAUUUUACGAUAGCGAACAGAAGGAACAAAUAAGCUCAAUCUAUUUUGAGAUAGGCCAUGACAGUAUCUCGGUCACGCCUUUAUUCCAUUGGAACCUCGAAACGUCAAUACCAUGUCCUCUGUUUAGCGGCGGGUGUUUCAAGUACGCUGUUAGAAGGCUACAAACACAUGAUAAAGAUCUUGGUUUGGAUUUCUACAUUAAUAUACACGUGUAUAACAAUGCUGGACAUUCCUUGACGGUAACUACCGAUACAUUUAGAAUACCUUCACGAUAUCCACCAGGUCAAGCUAUUGUCUUUGACAGCGAUCCAGAACGUGGAUAUAAUAAAGAAGAUACCAGCGUGCAUUUCACACCUAAUACUUUAUGUUUUACAUGGACUGAAUUUAAACAUCACGAAACAGUUAAAGUUGAAGUAGGCGUUGGGUCCAACAACUUAACAGAUAAUACUGUUCCAUUCAAACGUCUCAACAGCACAGACAGUUUUCACUGUAUACAUUCGUCCAACAUUAUUUUUAAACAAACUUACUUUGCACUCGUGAAAGCUUCAUGUUCCGGUGGUGUAACUAUGUCAGCGUCAAACGGUGUAACUGUGUUAGACAAAAGUUUGCUUAUGAAAUCACUAACUGUUCGCAAAGGAGAGAACUGCUCAAUAUCUGGCGUUUACAGACCUAUGGUUAGAAAUGUCACAGCUACAAAUAUGUCCGUUACGUUUUCGGCUGAUGUUGGAAAACGGUACUUGCUCAUUAUCCGAUCAAUCAACUUAGAUUCUUACUACUUGAAUGACGGAAUCAUCUUGGAGACGACUGAUAAUUUUACACUUUCUUUUGUGCCUUUCAUUACAAAUCCAGUUGUCUACAUUAGUUUAAACGACAAGAUUAUAAAAGAAGAAAAUCAAAUACAUAUUCUGAGGUGUCCAUCAGCAUUGUAUGUUGGAAAAAAUGACACUAUCUCUGCACAUUGGUUCUAUGCGGAAAAUGAAAUUUACAAUUUAAGAUUUGAAUUAGCUAUCGUUCACGGGGAAAACAUGACGAAGUAUAUCUCUCAGAAAGACUACACACAAUAUAUACCUGUUUCAAGUCGUAUGUAUCACACAUUCUCCGACCUAAAUCUAAAAGCAACAGAGUGCUAUAAUUUAGCUGUUAAGCAAUGUUCAAAGGCACAGUGUCUUGAGCCAGUCUUCUCGGAGAUGUUUUGUGUUGUCGAUUCCCCACAAACACAAAAUUUACACGUUUCUAGUCUCGAAAUCAUCGUUGGUGCAUCAUGUUCAACGAUAACUUUGGAGUGGGGUACCGUUCUGAGUGAAAGCAGGGUCCUAUUCUAUCAGUGGGUCGUAAGUCAAGACGAUUCAGCAAAUCACAUUCUAACGGAAUGGAAAACAAUAAGAACUAAUGACUCAGAAAUGUAUCAGGUUCAUUCAUGUGUCGGAAUACCAGUACAUCUGCACUCAACGUUAUUUGGCUGUGUUCGGGCUUUCGACGAGGCUGGAAACAAAAGAAUGAUAUGUCAAAGUUUUGCCUACAUAACAAAAGGAGAAUAUAUACCGCACACAGUUUAUGACUUUAAUUCGAAUUCAAAGGCCUGGGAAAGUUUACAGAAAGUACUGCCUAGCUCUAAUAUUGGACCUUUCUACACGAUGCUACACAACAACGAAUUAGACUUCGGGACGCCAGAAACGCUUGUUAUUGGGAUCAUGCUCUAUGCUACAGAGCGAAAUGUCACGUGGUAUCUAAUGUUGAAGAAUGAAACACCCGAUAGAUGUGAGCUAAACAAAGACUGUGUAUCGUCAAAAACAACUAGAACGGGCUAUGUCUCUUUUGAUCGAACAGUUAUAGCACUAAAUACAUUUUACUACAUAUGUGCAUAUUCCAAUGUGACAAUAGUAGAAAGAGAGAUGUUUUCGGAAACUUUAGACAGACUAAAAUCAUGUAGCAAUGGUUUUGUGCUUGACAGCAACGCACCACACCCUGGGAAUGUAGAGGCUCGUAACACUAACGGAUUUCUUACAAAUCUUUAUGUCAUCGAAAUUGUCUGGGAUGGUUUUGUAGACGACAUAAAUGCUACAAGCCUUGGCUAUAUAGACAACAUAAAAACGUACAGCUACGCUAUUGGGAGUAAACCACAUGGAGAAGAUAUAAGGCAUUAUGUCACCGUUGGUCUCCAGAAGAGUGUGGCGAUUAAAGGCAUAGACUUGCCUGAUGGAUCAGUUAUCUACUUUACUGUUAAAGGUUUGAUAGUGUCUAAAUGUAAAUUCAUGAGGAUUUGUUGUUUUCAUUAAACCGGUUACCGUAGUUU